ACGUCAGUAGGUGCCACGCCCACCAGCUGAGCGAUCAGCUGCAAGUUCUUCCUGUUUUCUGCAGGUCGCUCAGUCUGACAGGACCCGACCAGACCCGACCAGACCUAGACCCAGGACCAGACCUAGACCCAGGACCAGACCCAGGACCAGACCCAGGACCAGAACCAGAACCCGCCGGGUGGAGACCGACACAGGGACGAGCAUUCAGGUUACACCAUGUCAAAGAAGGGAGGAAAUCGUGGAGCGGAGUUUGAGGGGCCGGGGGAUGCGUCAAUCAUCCGAAUCCCGCCUCAUCACUACAUCCACGUCCUGGACCAGAACACCAACAUCGCCCGCGUGGAGAUCGGACCCCUCACCUACAUCCGCCAGGACAACGAAAGAGUGCUCUUUUCACCGGUGCGUAUGAUCAUGGUGCCGCCGCGUCACUACUGCGUGGUCGCCAACCCUGUUGCCCGUGACGACAACGGUCAAGUCCUCUUUGACCAGUCGGGUCAGGCCAAGCUCCGCCACGCCGACCUGGAGAUCCGUCUGACCCAGGACCCGUUCCCACUGUACCCCGGAGAGGAGGUCCAGCAGGAAGUGACGGCGCUGCAGAUCGUGUAUCCCGACACGGCGCUGCGUCUGCAGGCUCUGCUGGACUUUGAGGAGCAGGGCGGAGAGAAGAGAAUCGCUGGAGACGAGUGGCUGUUUGAAGGACCAGGGACGUACAUCCCGAGGAAGGAGGUGGCGGUUCUGGAAACCAUCAAGGCGACAGUGAUCAGAGAGAAUCAGGCCAUCAGACUGAGAGCUCGUAAAGUGGGCGUGGACAGAGGAGGAGUCCGCAGGGUCACAGGUGAGGAGUGGCUGGUCAGUAAGGUGGGAGCGUAUCUACCAGGUGCUCAUGAAGAAGUCAUUGACAUCGUGAACGCCUUCAUCCUGACGGACAAGAAAGCGCUCCAUGUUCGCGCCCUGCGGCCGUUCAAGGACGCCGCCGGCCGCGACCGCCGCACGGGGGAGGAGUGGCUGGUAACCAUGAGUGACAGGGAGGCUCACAUCCCCUCGGUGGCGGAGGAGGUGGUGGGGGUGGUGGACGUGACCACGCUGAGCAGCCGUCAGUACUGCGUCAUCCUGGACCCGGUCGGACCCGAUGGGAAACCUCAGCUGGGCCAGAAGAGGGUGGUGAAGGGCGAGCGCUCCUUCUUCCUGCAGCCUGGCGAGCUCCUGGAACUGGGCAUCCAGGACGUGUACGUGCUGUCGGAGGAGGAGGGGCUGGUGCUGAGGGCCGUGGAGGCGUUCAACGACAUCGAGGAGGCCGAAGACGAGGAGGCCGAAGAGGAGCAGCCGGAGAAGGCCAAGCGUUCCCGGAGGGGCGGCGUCCAGCGUCGCCCUGGAGACCGCUGGAUGCUCCGGGGCCCCGCCGAGUACGUCCCGCCCACUGCUGUGGAGGUGAUGGUCAGACGAGACGCCAUCCCGCUGGACGAGAACGAAGGAAUCUACGUCCGGGACAUCAAAACGGGAAAGGUGCGAGCUGUCAUCGGUCACACCUACAUGUUGACCCAGGACGAGGAGCUGUGGCAGAAGCAGCUUCCCUCUAAGGUGGAGGCGCUGAUGGCGUCUCCCAUCGACCCGCUGGCCAACCGCUCGGACCGGACCACGAGCGAAAGCAGCCAGCCCAGGGACAAGACCCGCGUCGUGUCCUACAGGGUUCCCCACAACGCCGCCGUGCAGGUGUACGACUACAGGGAGAAGAAGGCCAGGGUGGUGUUCGGUCCGGAGAUGGUGAUGCUGGGACCUGACGAGCAGUUCACCGUCCUCUCGCUGUCCGGAGACAAACCAAAGAGACCCAACGUCAUCAAGGCCGUCUGUCUCCUGCUGGGACCCGACUUCUGCACCGACAUCAUCACCAUCGAGACGGCCGACCACGCCCGCCUGCAGCUGCAGCUGUCAUACAACUGGCACUUUGAUAUCAAAUCUCGUGCAGACGCUGCCGAUGCAGCCGCUCUGUUUUCUGUCCCCGACUUUGUGGGAGACGCCUGUAAAGCCAUCGCCUCGCGGGUCAGAGGCGCCGUGGCCUCUGUGCAGUUUGAUGACUUCCACAAGAACUCAAACCGGAUCAUCUGCUCAGCCGUGUUCGGCUUCGACGAGAAGCUGGUGGUUCGUCCGUGUCUCCGCUUCAACCAGAACAAUCUGGUGAUCAGCAGCGUGGACAUCCAGUCUGUGGAGCCCGUCGACCAGAGGACGAGAGACGCUCUGCAGAAGAGCGUCCAGCUCGCCAUCGAGAUCACCACCAACUCCCAGGAGGCCGCUGCACGACAUGAGGCGGAGCGCCUGGAGCAGGAGUCUCGGGGGAAGCUGGAGCGGCAGAGGAUCACCGACCAGGCCCAGGCGGAGAGAGCCAGGAGGGAGCUGCUGGAGCUGGAGGCUCUCAGUGCGGCGGAGAGUACAGGAGCAGCGAAGGCGGAGGCCCAGUCUCGGGCGGAGGCGUCUCGCAUCCAGGAGGCGGUCAACGAGGCCAAACUGAAGGCCGAGGCUCAGAGCAUCGAGGCGGAGGCGGAGCUGCAGCGGCUGGCGAAGGCUCGAGAGCAGGAGCUGAGCUACAAGAAGAAGAUGGAUCAUCUGGACGUGGAGAAGCAGGAGCGACUCGUUCAGAUCGAGAGUCAGAGGUUCAGUCAGCUGGUGGAGAGUCUGGGCAGCGACACGCUGAAGGAGAUGGCAAGAGCCGGACCUGAGCUGCAGGUGAAGAUGCUCCAGGCUCUGGGGCUGAAGUCCACCCUCAUCACUGACGGGUCAUCACCCAUCAACCUCUUCACCACAGCCAACGGCCUGCUGGGGGCGCUGCCGGGCCAGUGAGGAGGAGGAGGAGGAGGAGGAGGCAAAUGUUCAGAAGAAGCUCAUCAUGUGAUCCGACACGUUCGAUUCUCUUCGUGUGUUUGUUACUCUGACAGAUUCCUGUUAAAACCCUCCGCUCGUCUUCUCGUUGUUCAGCGAUGACGUCGACAGUGAAAAUGAAGAAGAAAGUUUCUGUAAACUACGUUCAGUCCAAAUAAAACUGUUUACAUGUGAAA